GUAACGUGGACACGAGGUGUCGUAGACUAUCUUUCUCUCUAAAGCUUAGGGCUGUUUGUCUUUGACGUUAUUAAUCUGUGUUCUUACAGCAGCAGCGAAACCAACAAAAUAUAUAGAAGCGCCUCCAUUUUCUUUGUCGGCACGUCGUUGUUUUUACACCAACCCGAACUACAACCGCGAGCAGCACUUUUACGAAGCAGCAGCAGAAUGACAUCACCGGACUCUUUUCAUCCUCAUGAUACAAAGGCAGAGCGUCUUCGCAGCCGUCAGCGCAGCGAGGUCCCCAGCACCAUGGAUCCCGUUCCUGCGUUCAUGGAAGAGACAACUUCAGUUCAGCUGGACGAGACGUCACUGCGUCUCCUCGCGAGUAGCAAACGUGCGACAGAAGCCUACAUCGGUGUCGCUGACCAUCUGCACCUCGGAAAGAUUGACGUUUCUCGUGCGGUCAAACUUUGUGAAGUGAUCUCCACCGCGUCUCCUUUGUGCUUUCAGUUUACUCCCGGGCUUUACGUGGAACGUUCCGGAAAAGGAGGAUACGUGGUGCGUGCGACGGUCCCUAUUCAAAACGGCCAAAUAAUCAGUGGCGAGCGAAGAGUUCUCCCUUGGCACGCCAGUUACGCUCAGAUCGAGGACAAACUUCUGAAUUACCUGCAGAACACCACGCCUGAAGACAUUGCGAAGGUCAACGGCCUGUUUCCACGAACCUACGAAGAAAUUCCACGUGAUAAGGUCGCUUCUCUGCAACGAGUCGACAAAGAGGUGCGUCGAAUUUUCGCAGAUGGCUUAAAAUGUUGGCACGGUGGCUCUCCAACUGAGAAGGAAAUCCAGGAAUUGAUCCGUGGCCUGGCCGUUGCGAAGCUGUGCGCUCAUGACGACGGAUUGCACCACUUCGGCGGUCUUUACAAUCACAGCUGUGCUCCGAAUUGCGAGGUGCGCGGUGCGACGAACUUGGUGUUGGUUGCGAUCAAGGAUAUCGAGCCAGGUGAAGAAGUCUGCUUUUCCUAUGUCGGCAUGGAUCAUCUGAUACUCAGUGCAUGUUGUCGGUCUGAGAUGCUCCGCAUCGGCUGGGGUGCCAACUGUUUCUGUCCUCGUUGCCAGUCAGAGCUGGAGAAGCAGGGCGGACUCGUGGCGGCCGAUGAAAUGCAUGGCGGGGACGCCUACGAAAAAUUUCAACGGGCCUUGCUGCUUGACGAACUCGAGAAAGGAGGCGUUGGCGGAUUUCAGAAUUGGAUAAAGAAACUGGACGCCAGCUCAGACCCGAUUUUGUCUGACUGGCGGACUGUAGAAUGGAAGGAAACCUUCGUACUCGAUCGCUACCCACUCGUACUUGCCUCGCAGAACAUACGCGUGGAAGUUGUUAGCAAAAUCCGAAACAAGCAGGUCUGCGAGAAUUUAUUGCGGGCUCUGGAGAGAGAUCAGGCGCUUGUCAUCUUGUACAGGCUGCUGGAGUUAAAGAAGAACUACGGUCCGUUGCAUUCUGUUAUGAUGCAUCAGACUAACACAGUUCUAGUGGGAGUGUUGUAUCUCCAUGCUUUGUUUAAGAAAACAAUACCGGAAUUCGGCCUGGACACUGUGGAUCUGAUACACGAUCGCAUGGAAACACUACGACAGAGCGCCGUUGCACCAGAUGUUGUGUCUUCAAACGAUGACGAAGUUUGCGCAAUCAUGUAG